GAGAGCAGAGGAGGACCCCGCAGCCAGGCAGGCACCGCGCAGCAGGUUGUCGGCCAGCGAUCGCGCUGCAGAGCGACUGUAAAUCACUCUGGUAUCAGCCUCCGCUCCUCCCCACGAGGGAAGGCUGGUGGAGGUCUGCGUGUGUGCGGUGCCUGUGGGUGAGCAGCGAGGGCAGAGGAGGCUGAGCUCAAGCCCAAAUUUCAGCACGGCAGUGUUCGGAUUGCUGAUCUCCGCCGCCAUUUGCCUUUAACGAUCCUACUGCGUUGUGCCUGCCCAGCUGCCUGGGGAAUCGACAUACAGUGUGCCCCCAAGGACGCUACUCCCCCACAGAGCAAUCCCAUUGACUGCCCCUCUCUGAUACCCAGACCAAGCGACCAUGACUGAGAAGACCCAGGAACCUCAUGUGGAGGAGGAUGAUGACGAGCUGGAUGGGAAACUGAACUACAAACCUCCUCCCCAGAAAACACUGCAGGAGCUGCAAGAGUUGGACAAAGAUGAUGAGAGCCUCACUAAGUACAAGAAGUCCCUGCUGGGAGAUGGACCUGUGGUGGCAGACCCAACGGCUCCCAACGUGGUGGUCACCCGACUCACCCUGGUGUGUGACUCUGCUCCAGGGCCAAUCACUAUGGACCUUACAGGUGACCUUGAAGCGCUCAAGAAAGAGACCUUUGUAUUAAAGGAAGGAGUUGAAUACAGAGUUAAGAUCCAUUUCAAAGUAAACAGGGACAUUGUGUCGGGACUAAAAUACGUGCAGCACACCUACCGAACAGGAGUGAAGGUGGACAAAGCCACAUUUAUGGUUGGCAGCUAUGGGCCACGGCCAGAGGAGUAUGAAUUCCUGACGCCCAUUGAAGAAGCUCCUAAAGGGAUGCUGGCUCGAGGCACUUACCACAACAAGUCCUUCUUCACGGAUGAUGACAAGCAUGACCAUCUCACCUGGGAGUGGAACCUGUCCAUCAAGAAGGAAUGGACAGAAUGAGCUCACCCCAUUUGCCUUCCCCCUCCCCGUCCCCUUGCCUCCUGCACCAGUCUCCAGGUGGGCCAUGCCCACCACGCUGCUCCAUCCUGCCACCACGGCCGGCCACAGCCCUUGCAGCUCUCCUCGUGGGUGCUGGGGCUCUGUGCCAGCCUUGGUUGACGCACAGGCCUGCAGGUGGCCUUUGCUGCUUCUUCUGAUACACUGAAAAUAACCCGCCCAUUCUCACCACCACCCCAUCAUGACAUGCAGUGGAUUAAAUUGGGAAGCGUAUCCCGCCCUUUCUCCCAGUACUUCCUCUUGCUGCCUCCAUCUCUCCUUCUAUACCAACUCUGGUCCCGGGAAGUGCCUUUUCUAGGAAACAAGAUCACCUCGCCAGCUCCUUGAGUCUCCUGGCAGGGCAGACUGGUCCCUGGAAAAUCCCUCUCUGAGUUACACUUGCCAUGUGCCCUGACUCAUUGUAAAUGGCUACUUAUAUCUCCCAUGAUGGUCUCCUGGUUUGUAUCUGGUGCCCUACCCCGUUGAAAUCCAUCCUUGUGCAGUCAAAACCAGUCAGGGGGAUGCAGCUAGAUGCUGUAACAAGACGUCAGAAUAAAAAUGGUUUCUUUCUUC